AUGGAUAUAAAUGAAUAUUUUUUAAUAGUAUUGUAUUGUUUAUUAGCAUUAUGUGGUUUUUUUGGUAAUAUAUGGGUUAUAAACCAUCAAUAUUUAACAUAUUUGUAUAUAUUAAUAUUAUCAAUUGUUGAUUUUAUAUCAAUAUUGUCAUUGCCACUAAUAAUUAUUGAUAUUUUAUACAAUCAAUGGCCAUUUAAUAUAUAUUUAUGUAAAUUUUUAUUUUUUUGUGAAGGAACAAACAAAACAUUAUCACCGCUAAUAUUAACAUUAUUAUCAAUUGAUCGCUAUAUUAUAAUUUGUCUUCCGAAUAAUUAUUAUCGACAGAAUGAAUAUUUUUUAUUAUUUUUACUAACAUUUGUUGUUAUUUCAUUAUUUUUUAUAAUACCAAUAAUUUAUAAAGCGGAAAUAACGGUAAUGUUUGAUAAUUAUUUCAAAGAACAUACGAAAUGCGUUUUACAAAUUUCUAAAUUUUAUGAUUUUUUGCAUAUAUCAAUUUGUUACAUUUUGCCAUUAUUAGUAAUUGUUAUUGUUUAUUUAAAUAUUUUAAAAAAAUUAUAUAAACAUAUAAAAUCGAGUACCAUUGGCAAUAAAAGUAAUAUCUCGUUGAAUCGCGUUAUUAAAUCGUCGGUUAUGAUUGUUCUUUUUUAUUUUAUUUGUUGGACGCCUUAUUGGAUUUUAAGAAUUUUCGCUGUUUUUUUUGGUUCUGAAAUAGUUUCCAUUUAUUUCGAAAUGAUUAAAUUAAUUUUUUAUUUUAAUAUUUUAAUAUUUUUUUAUGUAGAAAUAAUAAUUUCAGAACCAUUAGAAGGAACGAAAUCAUCAUCGUCAUUUGUUAAUAUUGAUAAUAACAGUAGUUAUAAUAAUAUUUUGUUAGUAAAUAACAAUAAUAAUUCAUCGUCAUUAUCGUUAUUAUCAUCACUAUUAUUAUCACCAACAGCAGCAGCAAGAAUUUCAUUAGUAAAUUCAUCGUCGCUAGCGGAAAGUAUUAUUAUUAAUAAUGCUUCUUUAAUUAAUAAUUUUAAUUUAACCACAACGACGACGACAAUGGCGACGACGACAACGACACCAUCGACAAGUCAUAUAAUGUUAAUGUAUAUUGUACAUUCACUGCCAUAUGCGCAGAGCGCAUUUAAUUGGGUUUUUUAUGCAUUUCUUAAUAAAAAUUUAAGAAAUUCUUUUAAAAAGAAUAAUAAUUUUGGAUUGAAAAUUAUUCAAAAUAAAAGAAAAAAUAAUUAUUGGAAAAAUGAUAUAAAAAUUGAUCAAAAUUAUCGUCGUUAUUCGUGUUAUAAAAAUGGUAAAAAAUUUAUUUUGGCAAAUAAAUAUUCAUGUUUUUUCAAUAAACGGUAA